CAGCAGAGAGGGCUGGACCUGCGCUCCUGGCUACCAAACCACUGCCCACCGCUCUUGAUUUACUCGAUUAUCACCAUCCGACUCAUUUUGAAGGACUUGAAAGUUGCUUUUAAAGCGGUGCCUACCUAUACAGCCAAGUAUGUAUCCAGCUGGAGGGAUAUCUGCAACGAUAUACGCUAACAGGCUCCGGGCAGAAGGCAUGGGCUCCAAGGAGCAGGCUGUGUUCUUUGCCAACCAGGACUAUGAGGCUCUGAAACAAGAGUGUGUGGAGUCGGGCUGCCUGUUUGAAGACCCCUGUUUCCCAGCUGAGCCUCCUUCCCUGGGCUUCAAGGAGCUCGCCCCCUAUUCCUCCAAAACUAGAGAUGUGGUAUGGAUGAGACCCACGGAACUGACAGAUGACCCUCAGUUCAUUGUCGGUGGUGCCACCAGAACAGACAUCUGUCAGGGAGCGCUGGGUGACUGCUGGCUUUUGGCAGCCAUCGCCUCUCUCACACUGAAUGAGAAGCUUCUUCACCGGGUUGUCCCACAUGGGCAGUCCUUUCAAGACGACUAUGCUGGAAUCUUCCACUUCCAGUUCUGGCAGUUUGGUGAAUGGGUGGACGUUGUGAUUGAUGACAGACUGCCCGUCAAAGAUGGAGAGCUCAUGUUUGUCCAUUCAGCUGAGGGCAAUGAAUUCUGGAGUGCACUCCUGGAGAAGGCUUACGCUAAACUCAAUGGCUCUUAUGAGGCUCUGUCCGGAGGAAGCACCACUGAAGGGUUUGAGGACUUCACAGGUGGUGUGUCUGAGAUGUACGAGCUCCGCAAGGCUCCCAGAGAUCUGUACAGGAUAAUUGGCAAAGCCCUGGAGAGAGGCUCCCUGCUGGGCUGCUCUAUCGACGUAAGUGCUAGACACACUGGCAAACCACCAAGACAUGCAGAUCAAUGCACCAUCUUGAGAAACCCAAUUACAUUAAAAGCACUUCUAUUUAUUUUUGUGCUGAACAAUUCGUGCGGUUAUACUGUUUUUAUAUUAAUACAGAUCACCAGUGCCUUCGACAUGGAGGCCGUUACAUUCAAGAAGCUUGUGAAGGGCCACGCCUACUCAGUCACUGGGCUGAAGGAGGUUGAUUUCCGCGGCAGGAUGGAACGCCUUAUUCGAGUACGUAACCCUUGGGGCCAGGUGGAGUGGACUGGUGCCUGGAGUGACAAUUCCCCUGAAUGGGAUGAGAUAGAUCCAUCUGAACGAGAGGACUUACAUCUUAAGAUGGAAGAUGGGGAGUUUUGGAUGUCCUUCAGUGAUUUCACGAGGCAGUUUUCUCGGCUAGAGAUCUGUAACUUGACUCCUGAUGUUCUGAGUGAGGAGAAUCUGAGCCACUGGAACACCAUAAAGUUCUAUGGCACAUGGAGGAGAGGCAGCACAGCUGGAGGCUGCAGGAACCAUCCCAACACGUUCUGGAUCAACCCUCAGUAUAAGAUCACGUUGCUGGAGGAGGAUGAUGACCCAGAGGACGAUGAGGUGGCGUGCAGUUUUUUAGUAGCUCUCAUGCAGAAGGACCGCCGCAGAUAUCGGCACCAUGGUCAGGACAUGCACACCAUUGGCUUUGCUCUCUAUGAGAUCCCAGAAGAGUACAGAGGCUGCCAGAACGUGCACUUAAAGAAAAAUUUCUUUUUGAGCCACUCAUCGUGCGCACGCUCAGAGACCUUCAUUAACCUGAGAGAGGUGAGCACACGGCUGCGUCUGCCCCCUGGAGAAUACCUCAUUGUCCCCUCCACCUUUGAGCCCGGUAAAGAGGCUGACUUUGUCCUCAGAGUCUUCACUGAGAAGCAAUCAGAAACAGAAGAGCUGGAUGAUGAAAUCUCUGCUGAUUUAGGAGAUGAUGAAGAAAUAACUGAAGAUGAUAUUGAUGACUCCUUUAAGUCCAUGUUUGCCCAAUUAGCAGGAGAGGAUAUGGAGAUUUCCAUUCGCGAGCUCAGGACCAUUCUAAACAGAGUCGUCUCCCGGCACAAAGACCUGAAGACUGAUGGCUUCAGUAUGGAAUCAUGUAGGACCAUGGUUAACCUGAUGGAUAAAGAUGGCAGUGCCCGUUUAGGGCUGGUGGAGUUUCAGAUCCUCUGGAACAAGAUCCGGAAGUGGCUGGUCAUUUUUAGACAGUUUGACCUUGACAAGUCAGGGGCCAUGAGCUCGUAUGAGAUGCGUCUUGCUGUGGAGGCGGCAGGUUUUAAACUGAAUAACAGACUGCACCAGAUUCUGGUAGCCCGAUAUGCAGAGAAUGAGAUGAUUGACUUUGACAACUUCAUCUGCUGCUUGGUCAAGCUUGAAGCCAUGUUCAGGUCUUUCCAGCAGUUCGACAAGGAGGGAUCAGGAGAGGCUGAGCUGAAUCUCACAGAGUGGCUUUACAUGACAAUGUGCGGUUGAAGAGGAGUCUUUACUGGAGGAGGGUAAAAAGUAAAGGUACAGACUGCCACGAACCAGGAGCCAUGAAGACCCCUGAGCCUUAGUGACCUGCUGAUCCUUUAAAACACCCCACCUCAGCCCCUAAAUUAGCAAAAGAGCUGUAUAGCAAAAAAAACAAAAAAACACUAAACCAAAGUCCAACCAAGAUUAAUUUUAGAAACUAUGCAAACCUAAAGUAUGAAGCAGUCACUGUGCCACAUUAAUGGCCACAUUAAUCUGUCAUCUCUGUAUAAACAGCAUGAGCAUCUGUGCAUGACAAAAAAUCAUUAGCUGUAAUGUGCAUUGUAACAGGUGAUUUUAUAUUUCCACAUUUUAGUUUUGUUGUCCGUAUAAAUAUACACUGAUUUACUAACUCUUCUUUUUACCUUCUACUGGCAUCUCACAAAAGGAGGAUAAAAAUAGAAUUUUUGAGGUGUUAGGUCUGUUACUGUACUGCUAUAAAAGGCAGUGUCUUAUAGUUUCUCUUCAUCAUUCUGCACUCACAUUUCCAUUUAUCUCUGAUUUUAACACUGAAAUAUGUUUUUAAACAGGAAAUCAUCACCUCAGUGUUGUUUCAUUUUUGCACCUAUGGGUGGCAGUACAGACUUAAUCUGGUGUCUGUGAAGUUUUUUUUUUUUUGGCAUUCGAUACCGAAGUUUAACCUGUGUAUAUAUUACACCAGUCUUUUUCUUCUUCUUCGUCACACGGCUGAUCUUGAUUGUUUUUCAUUUUGCACUAGGAUUUUAGUUUAAGGAAGCUGUUGCUGAAUUUACCUCACAUUAGUGAGAAAUACUGUAUCAGUUCACUAAAGUGACAUAUGCAGGGAUCACACAAUACUGAAUGCCUUAUACAUGACACCAUGAUGUUAUAAAACGCUAUUUAAAAUGUGCCAGUCAUGUGUUUUGUGUUGUGAAUGUAUGUUGUGCCUUCAGUAAAUAUUUCCCUCAUGG